ACGUGUUGCAAGCGCAGACCCAGUCCGUUAGCAACUGCGCACAAUCUACAUUACCGGAAACGCACGUUUUAACAAGGAACGCCACUCGUAUUCCGUUUACGAUGGACCAAUUCUGAAAUCGACAACCGGUGUCGUUGAUAUCGUUCGAACGCGCGUGACAAUAUUGAAUAAACGCAAGGUGUGCAUCGCACGAGUGUGAUCUCCUCGAGGAUUCCGAUUGAAAACAGAUGUUGGAAUCGUUGAAACCGUUCGUGUCGCACCGUUAUUUCUAACCUAAAAAGUCGAAAUGGCCGAAUCAGAGCAAGAUUUCACAGAUCGUGCGGAGAACGACAAUUUAAAAACCGAAAAACUGUUUAUCUUAAAAAAAUGGAACGCCGUGGCUAUGUGGAGCUGGGACGUGGAGUGUGACACUUGCGCGAUUUGUCGAGUUCAAGUAAUGGAUGCGUGUCUUCGGUGUCAAGCGGAAAGCAAAAAGGACGAUAGCCGGCAAGACUGCGUUGUCGUUUGGGGAGAAUGCAAUCAUUCGUUUCACUACUGUUGCAUGUCACUUUGGGUUCAACAAAACAAUCGUUGUCCAUUAUGCCAGCAAGAGUGGUCUAUUCAACGAAUGGGAAAAUAACCAAACCAACCGACCGAAACGUUAACCAUCGUUUCUUUUUUUUCUUUAUUCAUUGUUUGCUCCCAUUCUCUAUUCUUCUCUCCCCCGGUCUUUCGCAUAAAAUAUUUUCCACGUUUUUUCCUACUGUCCUUCCUCGAGCUUCCCUUCUCUGUUUCCUCCUUUUUUCUUCCUGCAAUUUUUGAAGUUAUACGCUUAAACUUGGAUUACGAGAAUACAUAGACAGAUGAUUAUAGAAUGAAGAUCCAUCAAAGAUGCUGCUUGAACUUGAAAAUGUAUUACCUUUAGUUGAAGCUAUACACGUAUUUAGAACGCAACAAAAAAAAGCUUACCUGCUCUUUUACGGCCAAAUCAUAAGUUAUCGCAUUACUCAUUGAGAUUGAAAGAUAAAACUUUUGAGACUAAAUUAUCGUUAGUCGCGUCAAUUAAAAUAACACCUGAAAACGCAAAGUAUAUUUCGUUUUCUCUUAUCAUUGUCACGAGAUAACGUAAUUAAAAUCAAAAUUUUCAUCCAUUUCGAUCCAUCCAUUAUCGAAAACGUAAUAGAUUAUAGAUAUCAAAAGAAAAGGGUUCAACGUCCGCUACAUAAAUUUUUUGAAUGAAAUUUCGAAUGUUCUCGUGACUCAUUCCAGAUCGCUUUUAAACAGUUAUGUCACUUGUAUGAAAUUCGUAUGUGAGAUCGAACGUUCGAGCUCAUUCGAAAAUUAACGCUGAACAAGAUUUGUCGUAUAGCGUUACAUUUUACUCAUAGUUAAACAGGUUUAUUUGCGGAUUCGGCGGAUUCCGCGACAGAAUGCAGAACGGGAUAUACUAUGAUCUGCUACGAUAUAACCAGCACGUAAUCACGAUCCAGCGCUCGAAGGUCGCUCCUUUCUUCUCUUCUUCGUUCGUAGCCUGUUCGUUUCUACUAUCCCCGUCUGGUUCGUCUUGGAUCCUUCUUUUUUUGUUCCCCUUCCUCCUUGUCGGAGCACCCGGUACCGUGUCGAUUGUCCAUUCUAUCGUUGCCCGGCGUUACGUGUCGUCACAAGUGCGGAGGCUCGUCCGGAGGCUCGACCAAUCGAAUAGUAGAAGGGUAUAACAGCGCUUAUAUUUAUGACCUCGCAGUUGCCGCCACCUCUUGUGUUCCUUUUUUUCUUCCUCUUCUAUACCCUGCACUCUCUGCUCCCUCCUAUCCUCUAUCCCUUCCUGAUUCUCUUAUUCCCCGCAGGUCUUUCUUCCUCUACCAUAUCGCGAUACGUAACAUAUGCACACGCGUGUCCAUUCUCUCUUUCUUUUUAUCAUUCCGCUAAUUUUUUUCCAUCUUUUAACUUUUAUGUCGAUUUCGUAUAAUUUAAAUCACAGUAUGACGUUACUAGCUAGAUCUUUAGCCUCAUAAUCCCGCAUGUUUUUAUCAACAUUCUUGAUCGAUCUAUUGAUCGAUGGAUUGGCUAAAUAUAUCCGCAAUCUUUUGUCCAAUCUUUCUCACGAUACGUUAUAUAUCUGAUGACAUGUAUGACAAAUAAUGAUGAUAAUAUCUGAAAUUUUUAUGUAACGAUGCAUACAGGAUCUUACUGCGAUUUUUUCCCCGCGUUAUAUUUGUAUGUAAAUUAGCAUCGUCGGCGUUUAGCAUUACAAUUAUCUCAUUUAUUAUUUAAAGACCUUUGUUCUGCUGAUAAAAAGUUUCUUGAUUACGAUAAUGUAUACAGCAUGGUGAUAUUUUUACAUCGCGCUGAACUGUGAAAAAUACGUACUAAGAGAAGAAUAAAAUAAAAUGGAAUUUUAUAAAAAAAGUAAUUACCAAAUUUUCGUAUCUAUGACCACAAACGUGACGCGUAUCACGUCGAAAUUGCGUGAGCACGUACACGUGUGCGUGUAAAAGAGAGGCAGAGAAUGAAAGAGAGAGCAGACAUUGAUACGGAAUGACGCAAUAACCCGCAAAUUUGUUCGUCACGUUCCUCUUGAAAAGGCGGACACGCGAUGUUGACUCGAGGUCAACUCGAGUCGAGCCUCCGCAGAACUUGUCUUCUCAUUGGCUCUAUUUUGCCAAUAAUCACAAUAUGGACUGCAGAUCUAUGUACAUAAUAACUUGUUAUGAUACGCAUCAUUUACUAUGAAUGUUUACCUUGAAUUCUUAUUUUUAACCAUCGGAUGGAUUAAUGUUUCAAGUGUUUCAACUCACCUUAACAUGCUCUUUUACAUCAGAAAAUUGCUGUUAGUUUUCAUCAAAUCAUGCAAGAUAUGAAUGAAGGCCGCAAAUGUAAGAAUACACGUUAUAAUAAAGGCUAUUGUACACGGUCAUGUAACAGUAUGCAAGAGCUCCUUUUUACCUUUGAAUUCCGUGUAGAAUUCCAUACAUUCAGCGAAUGAAGAAAGCAUUAUUGUAAAUGAACUCUAAAUGAAUUUCAAUUAUGAAUUACGGAAGUCUGUUACUUUCCUCGACAAAUAUUUGACGUAUGACUCGAACAAUGUGAAUUCCUUGCGAUGCAAUUCAUGAAAAAACAUUGGUUAAAUUGGUUGAGAAACGUCAGUGGCGCCAGUGACCAAGCAUAAUGCGAAGGCUCGUCACGUUCCACCAAUCGGCUAAUAGCAUUUCAAAUCUAUCUUUCUCCACGAACCAAUACACGUUUGAAAUUAUAUACGUAUACAUGUGCUAGCGCCUCUGACGAGUUAAAAGUACGACAAAUUGAUUUCAUUUUGUGUAUUACUCAAUUUGUCUUUUCCUUGCGUCGUCGAUGCUUCUUUAUCCUUGAAGCAAUCAUAACGUA